AUGGAUUACCUGUUGGGGAUUGUAGUGCUGCUGUGCGGGGUGGUGCAGCUGGGAAGAGGAGUUGAGCCCAAGCACAACGUACCCAGGCUAAAGCUGUCAUACAAGGAGAUGUUAGAGUCUAGUAACCUCGUUACCUUCAAUGGCUUGGCCAACAGUUCAAGUUACGACACUUUCCUAUUGGAUGAGGAGCGAGGGAGACUACUGGUCGGUGCUGAAGACCACAUCUUCUCAUUUGACCUUGUCAACAUUAACAGAGACCACAAACAGAUUGCGUGGCCUGCCACCCCCUCAAAAAGGGACGAAUGCAAGUGGGCAGGAAAAGACCUUGGGAAAGAGUGUUCCAACUUUAUCCGAGUCCUGCAACCGUACAACCAGACCCACCUGUACAUUUGUGGCACAGGAGCCUUCCAUCCCAUCUGUGCUUAUCUGGAAAUGGGCAAGAGGGCAGAGGACAACAUCUUUCGGCUGGCUCAACAUUUUGAGAACGGCCGCGGGAAAAGCCCCUAUGACCCCAAAAUGCUCUCUGCCUCGCUUCUGAUCGAUGGAGAGCUGUACUCUGGCACAUCUGCUGAUUUCAUGGGACGGGACUUUGCUAUUUUCCGUACUCUGGGAGAUCAUCAUCCAAUCCGAACAGAGCAACAUGAUUCAAGAUGGCUGAAUGACCCCAGAUUCAUCGGCGUACACUUGAUUCCGGAGAGUGACAACCCCGAGGAUGAUAAGAUCUUCCUGUUUUUCAAAGAGAACGCCAUGGAUGGAGAGCACACUGGCAAGGCUACCAUCGCUAGGAUAGGACAACUGUGUAAGAAUGACAAUGGAGGCCACAGAAGUCUCGUAAACAAGUGGACCACUUUCCUCAAGGCCCGGCUGAUGUGUUCUGUACCCGGAGUCAACGGCAUUGACACACACUUCGAUGAGCUACAGGACGUGUUUCUUAUGAGCGCCAAGGACCCAAAGAACCCACUCAUCUAUGCUGUAUUCACCACAUCCAGUAACAUCUUUAAAGGCUCAGCAGUGUGCAUGUACAAUAUGGCAGACAUCAGGAGGGUGUUUCUGGGUCCCUAUGCCCACCGAGACGGACCAAAUUACCAGUGGGUGCCUUUUCAAGGGAGAGUGCCCUACCCUCGCCCUGGCACUUGCCCAAGUAAGACAUUUGGAGGCUUCGACUCCACUAAAGACCUACCAGAUGACGUCAUCACCUUCGCCCGUGGUCAUCCAGCCAUGUACAACCCGGUUCACCCAAUAGGGGGGCAUCCCAUCAUGGUGCGAACAGAUGUAGACUACCAGUUCUCCCAGUUGGUUGUGGACAGAGUUGAGGCAGAGGAUGGACAAUAUGAUGUCAUGUUCAUCGGCACAGACAUGGGCACAGUGCUGAAGGUGGUAACAAUCCCCAGAGAAAGCUGGCACGACCUGGAAGAGGUGGUACUGGAAGAGAUGACUGUCUUUAGGGAGCCCACUCCCAUUACUGCUAUGGAGCUGUCCACAAAGCAGCAACAGCUGUACCUUGGCUCAGCCCUGGGUGUAUCACAGAUGUCUUUACACCGUUGUGAGGUAUAUGGGAAAGCUUGUGCUGAGUGCUGCCUGGCCAGAGAUCCUUAUUGCGCCUGGGACGGCACAGAAUGCUCAAGAUACUUUCCUACUGCCAAGAGGCGAACCAGAAGACAGGACAUCAGAAACGGAGAUCCACUCUCUCAGUGUUCAGACCUUCAGCAUCAUGACGACGUGGAUGGUUUAGGAGGCAGCGUGGAAGACAGGAGUGUAUUCGGUGUCGAGAACAGCAGUAUGUUUCUGGAAUGUAGCCCUAAGUCUCAGAGAGCACUCAUCUACUGGCAACUGCAGAGGCCGAAUGAUGAUCGCAAACAUGAGAUCAAGCUUGACGACAGAGUGCUUCGAACUGAUCAGGGCUUGCUGAUUCGUAGUCUGACCCAGUCAGAUGUAGGUAUCUACCACUGCCAGGCUGUUGAGCAUGGUUUUAUCCAGCCGUUGCUGCGCCUCAACCUCCAGGUCAUCCCCACACAGAGACUGGGUGAUAUCUUACCAGGAUUUCCUGGUAUAGGAGGCGGGGUAGGUCCUUCAGCCAAGCACAGGCUUUGGUACAGAGAUUUUCUUUCCCUUUUGGACCACCCGGACCUCAACAGCGUAGAGGAGUUUUGUGAUCGAGUUUGGAAGAAAGAGCGCAAACAGAAGAGGGUGAAGACGCCCAACGGCAACGGUCAGGGUAAACCUGACGGCACCAACAAUCCCAACCCCUUAUUAAGGCCUAAAGCUUUGGCUCCCACCGCCCAGAAACAGCAAGCUGGUCCACCACAGAGUAGGCCGUGGCUCCAAGCUGGAGCUCCAACAGCCGAAGGGCCACCACAGACCCAGAAUACCCAGAAAGGCCCACAAAAGUUAAGUAUGUUAAGUAGCCAGGCUCCUAAGAACAACCAGAAAACACAAAAUGGCCAAAAGGGGCAGGCCAACCUGGCUGGUUCUCAGGUUGUAGGAGGGUCACGGGUGAGCAGCCAGCAAACAGCCAAGUGGAGACGGAUGCAGGAAAACAAGAAGGGACGCAACAGGAGGACCCAUGAGCUUCAAAGACCUCCGCGUAGCGUGUGAAGAAAAGCACAGAAAUGCACACAUUAAACCUUAUCUGUACACACACAAGCACAAAUCCAUGCAUCCACACAUGUAAACACAAACACAUUCUAUAGUUGUGUAUCCAAUGUAUGAUUCAGUGACCUCUCCAUUAGUGCAGCCAGAACAUGAACCCAUGAAAACAGCGAACACAGUUUUUAGGUAAAGACCAACUGCACUCAUCUAAUGACAAUAAAGCUCUCAUUAAAAGAUGCAUACACAAAGAAAACCUGUGAAGAGGACAAUGAUUGAAAGAGGACUGAAAAACUGGAAUGCAUACUGUAAAUGUGUGAGGAUAUGGCUGGUUGCCUGGGAUACCGCCUUGCAGCCACUUAAACCUCCUGUACAUAAGCUACUAAAAAAAGACUGGGACAAACAGUUUAGUGAGGUGUUCAUACAGUAGACAGUGGUGAGCAGAUGGACUUAAGAUGCUGAGAGGACAGUUCUGGAAACAUUAAUAAAUACAUGGACUUUUUAUGGAAGCAGAAAUGAUACAUCCACUGAAAUCUGUCCUCUUUGACCUGAGCAUGUGAACUGCAAAUUAGCAUACAUGGAAUGGAUUAAAACUCUUAUUUUAAUGAACUGUUUGAAGAGAAAAGAACCUUCCAUCUAGUCUUUCAAGUCAUUUGAGUGAUGACAGAGCAACAACAGCACCCUUAAAGGAGGACAAGAGAAGGGUUGCCAUUGACGUCUAGUUGAGGUCUACACAGCUUGCACCGGUGGCCCUCAUGUUGUGUAGAAAACAAGUACAACAUUAUUACAUGCAAAACUGCAAAGUCAUGGUGCAAAGAAAAUGCUUCAUCAUAACCCUCUCUACCUGAAGCAGGGAAAGCAUUGUGCAUGUUGUUGUCAAUCAAUGUUUUAAUAAGCUAGUUAUUUUAUUGAUUCUAGAGGCUUUUUUUACACCCUACCUAAAAAUAAAUGUUACAUUUUUCUUUUAUAUUUCCUUUCCUUUCCAAUCCACUGCUUCAAUUUUGGGGCAAAAUACAAGCAACAUCGUAGUUUCAUUGUGCAUUAUCCCUUCUACUCCUGAGGAUUUUGUGUAAGUUAUUAUGCUGUUGCUUUUUCUGGGAUUUACAGAACAUGGGCACGAAUUCCAGUUGUAGGCUAAAUGCUAAAAAACCCAGUCUGAAAUAGACUGCCAGUCGUUUUGUGUACAUAUAUACAAUAAACUUAUCUCUCUGUGUAUAUACAGUACAUAUACAGUACAAGAACACCACUGUAUUAUUAUUAUUUAUUGCUCAUUGUUUUGUGAAAGGGUUGCAUUUAUUUUUGAUAUUAUGGUAUUUUUGGCUCAUCGGUAUAUUGGAGAAUCAAUGGCAACAGCAACUAAGAAAAAAAAUUGAUGGACCAACAAGCUGAUUUUGUGUCAAGAAGUUCAUUUUUGCAGAUAAAAGGGAUGAAAAUUGAGUUUAGAUGCACAAGUACAGGGGUUUGUGACAUUAGCCAAACUUUUUAGAUCCCACCAACGAUAAGCACAAUUUUGUCUGUUUUCCAAAUUAUUUCAACACUUCUUCCAUUCUUCCAAGUCCAUCCAUCAUGUCUCUCAUUCACCCAGUAGCCAUUAUGUGUAAGAUAAUUCCCCAAACUGAAAAACAUUAGCUGUGAAUCUCUGUAAUAGUGGAGAAAAAUGUAAAACCUAGUCUGAGGAGAAGACACGUUAUACUGCAUGUGAAUGCUACCUACAGUAAGUGCAUCUUUUUUAUUGUCUCUUUAAGUGUUUUGUGUGAAAGGUAAAGUUCCCUUAAAGCAAGGUGUGAAUUACUUUUGUCCUUUUGCCAAAACAGUGAUAUUAACAACUCAUGAUACUCUUGCCAAAGCUGGGAUCCACGCUCCCUAAUCUUGAUUCAGCGAUGAUACCCACUCUACCCCCCCUCCUCCCCCCAUCCCCUAAAACAGUACACGACAAGAGAAAUGUGUCAGUGCAAUAAAUUAGAGCAUAAUAGUGUACCAAAACUCAGCGUUUGGUGUGUCCCUCUUUUCGGUCUCUCCGUCAAAGUUAGAAAAGUGAGAGAGCUGAAAGUUACCACUGCUGUAACACAGUUCUUUCUGGCAUGCAUUCAGUUGUCUAAAUAAACAUCUCCGUUACAAAACAA